AUGGCGGCGUCGCCGGAGUGGAGCGAGAGCGAGAACCAGAGGUUCGAGCGGGCGCUGGCCACGCACGACCGCGACGAGCCGGGUCGCUGGGAACGCGUCGCCGCUGCUGUCGGCAGUGGCAAGACGGCCGACGAUGUCAGGCGCCACUACGACCAGCUCUACGUCGACGUCCGCAACAUCGAAGCCGGCGGCGCCCACUCCGACUCCAACCGAGGCGGCACUGCCGGCACCAGCAACGGAGGGGGGGAUAACGGUAACAAGCGAGCCCAAACCUGA